UGACCACCCAGCAUCUGCCGCAUCGGAUCACGUUUGAAACGUCAAAAAAAUUCUUGUCUGUCAUGUCACCACAGGCUGUCAGUUUAUGCCCGUACUAAAUCAAAAAUAAUUCGGCCGCAACACGCUGCCAUGCACAAAAUCAAGACUUUCAGAUCUUGAAAUGCAGUGAUAUCCCAACCAAAACAUUUUAUUUUGAAUUUCCAAAUCUUACAAACUAUUUUGGGUACAAAAUUUCAAAUUUUUUGGCAUCAAAAGUACGGGCAUAACGGACGGCAUCCAACGAACUGUUCAUAAGCUUUGUAAGCGAAGCCAAUAUUCUUGUGAUCAAGAUAAAAGGCUGAAUCAGUUGACAAACAUAAAAACGUGUUAAAAAUGGAGAACCUAACCGUUUUGUCGUUCAGGAAAUUUGAGGACAUCAAACGGCUCGCUAGACACUUCCAAAAUGUCGUGAACCAUCCCACCACGCAACAGAACAAAGUCUUGCACGCCUAUCUAAGGAAUCUAGACCAAACGCACAAGAAUAUUUAUUUACAAAAACGCGAUUAUGUUGAAGUUGAGUAUAUUUUUACGACUGAAAAGAAAAGCAGUUUGCAAAGGCAGAGGUUUAACAGUCUUCCUGUUAGUGAAGUUCCUGAGUUGUUAAAAGCUGAGCUCUUGACUUCAGAUGAUGCUAAACAGGUCCAUAUAUGCACUGAUUGCAAUAUUGAGAUCGAAUUGAGCGACGAAGAGCCCCUAAUGGAGUCUUUACAGCGUCAUUUCAAUUCUGACGCUCAUUUGCCCAAGUUAAGACGAGAAAGUAUGGAUGUCGCUGAACCCAUCAUCUUGCCAAACAUGUCGCGCCGUCUAUCGGCCAUGGCUGAGCUCCCAUUACCGAAAAUCAAGGAACUAACUAUCACUAAGCCCGUUGAAAAAUUGGAAAAGAAUUUCGCGUCGAAACUUAGCACUUCGUUGAUGAAAGUACUUCCAGAUGCGUCUGAAGCUAGUGUUGACGCCGCUCUAAAGUUUUAUCAGGAGCUGUACGACAAACUUUGUUCUGACGUUUCCAAUAUUGACUUUUCUACGCAAACGUCCUCUGUUGCUCCGAUUAUAAUGAGCAUUAAAGACAAUGUCUACCAGAAUUUCGCUGGAGACGCAAACAAGAACAUGGACAAUGACGAGAACGAUCAAGCCGCUGAGAAACCCAAGAACCAGGUCAAGAAGUACCGGUACUACGGUCCCAUCGAGGCUUCGAUCCUCAAACUGCUCGUUAAUCAUAAACUCUUGUCGUUAAUCGAUGAUCGGACUGGCAAACUGGCGUUUUUCUGCAUAGCUUGCGAAUACUACACGCUCAGAUUUCAUUACGACAGUGUUUUGAAUCACGUGUUUAGUGAGACGCAUGUCCACAAUCUUUCCUGCAUCCUACAGUCUGAUAAAAGCAUUUCUUUCUCCAUGACUGAACCAACUAUUGAGAAAAUUAAGGAGAUGAAUGAGAAGUUCCUGUUGAGCCAUGAUAUUGUGUUCACGCCGGUCGGCUUGAACUGCAGGCUUUGUGCCGCCUCGAUCGAGUCUGUGGAAGCUUCGAUCUUGCAUAUACUUGACGAGAAGCACCUGGCUAAGCUGUCUGACGAGUUGUACCUUCGCAUGAAGGACGCUGACCCGGACGGUGCUAUCCCGGAGGAGUGGGGUCCGAAAGACUUAAACUGGACAAAGUACUUAGCGAGUGUGGGCAAACCGCACAACAGUCGUGACCAUGUCGUCAUCGAGAACUUUAUUAAGCCCUCGGGGAAGAUCGGGAACUAUUGUACAUGUUGCGAUAUGACUUUAAAGGGUCCGAGACAAGUCCUUUUUAAUCACAUCCGUCAAAAAAAGCAUUUGAGGAACGCGGCGCCUCGUAAACUAGCGAUGCUCUACAAGAACCACUGUAGGCCUUCCGAGUACUACGCUAGCUUCGGGAAUUUCUACAUUUGCACCAUAUGCCCUGACUUUGUAGCGACGCCGUCAAUCUCUGCGAUGGUUGAACAUUUCGAGAGCGCUCCCCACUUCGAUACUAUUGCUAAACUGAUCCGUUCAGCCCUCUACAACCAAGCGGACUUGCAACUAUUCGCUGCGAACAAAAUAACAGCUGAUUUGAAAUGCGAAGUGUGCAAAACAGCCUUCCACGACAAGUCUGAGGCUGUGAAACACAUCUUGAGUAGCGUUGACCAUGAGACAGCGGUUGGAGACGCAAAAAUAUGCUCUAACAAAGGGGAUAUAAUCAGCGUUUAUAUGAAAGGCAACCAUAUUUUGCACAGCGAAGGGGCUACUUUUACUUGCGUGGAUUGCAAAGGGGUGUUUAAUUCGAUCCGGUCUUUGUUAACCCAUUUGGUGUAUGCUGGUCAUUUUAAAGAGAAGCCAGCUAUUGAGGGGGUCUUCCGUUUUUACUUGGAGCUGAAACACAAUAUAAAUAUGUUGGCCCGUAAUAAGUACGUGUAUUACCAGUUUGGCUGUUUGAAGUGCGGUGUGUGUGACGGGGACCUGGAAGAAGGGGAGACUGCGAAGAAACAUGUGGUGUCGACGCGCCACAGAGAAAAUAUGGGGGCCAGUUAUGUUAGUAUAGAUACGUCCGCUGUUGAAUAAGAUGUCGCCUGUUAUGUUAAAUGUGACAAAAUGAUGUUAAAUACGAAGAAUCGUGAGUAUAAGAGUAAUUACUAUGAGAAAUCAUUUUACAAUGAAAUUUUAAUAAAUGAAUUAAUUUUAUAACUAUUAUAA